CCUGAUUAGGGGCCUGUUUCUUUAACGAUCAAAGACGUGGGAGGCGGUGGGGGUGGUAUCUCAGCUCCGGUUUCCCCAGCCCAUCGGUUACUGUACCAUUAUUAACAUUAUAGUCAUUAGACUGCUCCUGCGCGCCUGGCGGCGCAAGAAAAGCGCUCAAUAUUCCAGCUGAGCUCGGAGGCUGAACCCGGAGCCUUGUUCCCACCCCGGUUCUCCGCGGACCUUGCCGGGGGCGACUCGGGCUUUAGGCUGCCGGGGCAGGCAGGCACUGGGCUCUCCAGGGCCGAAGGCUGGGUCGCAGCAACAGAUGCGCCCUUGGGCUGUCGUCCUGGCUCGGAGACGUGAAGUCUGGCGGAGGGGUUGACGCCCGAGGCAGCACACGAGGAGUCAGAAGAGCUGCGGGAUCCGCAAUGUUGCCCUUGCGAGUACUGUGGCUGGCCUGGGCGCUGCUAGGAGUGGCGGGAGCAUGCCCCGAGCCGUGCGCCUGCGUGGAUAAGUAUGCACACCAGUUCGCCGACUGCGCAUACAAGGAGCUUCGCGAGGUGCCAGAAGGACUGCCAGCUAACGUGACCACGCUUAGUCUUUCCGCCAACAAGAUCACCGUGCUGCGGCGCGGGGCCUUCGCCGACGUCACGCAGGUCACGUCGCUGUGGCUGGCGCACAACGAGGUUCGAACCGUGGAGCGCGGCGCGCUGGCGGUGCUGAGCCAGCUCAAGAACCUUGACCUGAGCCACAACCUUAUAUCCAGCUUCCCAUGGAGCGAUCUGCGUAACCUGAGCGCGCUACAGCUGCAAAUGAACCAUAACCGCUUGGGGUCGCUUCCCCGGGACGCACUCGGUGCGCUGCCCGACUUGCGCUCCCUGCGCAUUAACAACAAUCGGCUGCGUACACUAGCUCCCGGCACCUUCGACGCGUUGAGCGCACUGUCACAUCUGCAACUUUAUCACAACCCCUUCCAUUGCGGUUGCAGCCUCGUGUGGCUGCAAGCCUGGGCCGAGAGCACGCGAGUCUCGCUACCUGAGAUCGACUCCAUUGCGUGCGCCACGCCCACCGCGCUGCAGGGGGUUCCGGUGCACCGCCUGCCCACUCUGUCCUGUGAGCCACCCAGUGUGCACCUGAGUGCCGAGCCGCCCAUUGGGGCUCCGGGCAGCCCCCUGCGCUCCGGCAUGGCGCUCAUGCUACACUGUGCCGCCGAAGGACACCCCACGCCCCGCCUUCAAUGGCAACUCCAGAUCCCGGGUGGCAUCAUAGUCUUAGAGCCGCCGGUCCUGAGCGGGGAGGACUACAGGGACGGGAUGGAAGAUGGGGACGAGGAAGGAGAUGGGGAAGGAGAUGGGGAUGGGCCGAUGCAGACGGAGGCCCCAACCCCGUCUCCAGCACCAGCGUGGCCCGCGCCCCCAGCUACCCCACGCUUCCUGGCUCUAACAAACGGCUCCUUGUUGGUGCCCCUCUUGAGUGCCAAAGAGGCAGGCGUCUACACGUGCCGUGCCCACAACGAGCUGGGCACCAACUCCACCUCAGUACGCGUGGUGGUCGCAGCUGCCGGGCCCUCAAAGCACGCUCCUAGCGCAGGGGGAGACACGGAUGUGCAGAGUCCCACCUCUGAGCGUAAGUCCACAGCCAAAGGCCGGAUCAACAGCGUUCUGUCCUCCAAGUCCGAUGGCAAAAUCAAAGGCCAAGGCCCAGCCCGGGGUAGCAUCCUUGGGGAAAUGGAGGCGGGGCCUUUGGAGGCUGGAGAAGCAGAGGAGGCGGAAAACCAGGUCUCUGCAGAACUGGCGGAGGAGCAGCGCUGUGGCCACGGGGACCCCUCGCGGUAUGUGUCCAAUCACGCGUUCAACCAGAGCGCGGACCUCAAGCCGCACGUCUUUGAGCUGGGCGUCAUUGCGCUGGACGUGGCUGAGCGCGAGGCGCGGGUGCAGCUGACGCCGCUGGCGGCGCGCUGGAGCCCGGGGCCUGGGGGGGCUGGAGGAGUCGGGUUGCCUGAGCCGCGGCCGCUGCGUCGUCUCUAUCUGUGCCCGGCGGGGGGAGGCGCGGCAGUUCAGUGGUCGCGCGUGGAAGAAGGCGUCAACGCCUACUGGUUCCGUGGCCUGCGGCCUGGCACCAACUAUUCCGUGUGCCUGGCGCAGGCGGGCGAGGCCUGCCAUGUACAAGUGGUGUUCGCCACCAAAAAGGAGUUGCCCUCCCUGCUGGUGAUCGUGGCGGUGAGUGUGUUCCUUUUGGUCCUGGCCACCGUGCCCCUGCUGGGCGCCGCCUGCUGCCACCUGCUGGCCAAACACCCGGGGAAGCCCUACCGUCUGAUCCUGCGGCCGCAGGUUCCUGACCCCAUGGAGAAGCGCAUCGCCGCCGACUUCGACCCGCGUGCCUCCUACCUCGAGUCCGAGAAAAGCUACCCGGCAGGCGGCGAAGCUGGCGGUGAGGAGCCAGAGGAGGCCCCCGGGGAGGGUCCCGACGAAGACGCAGAGCAGGGGGACCCAUGUGGGGACUUGCAGAGGGAGGAGAGCCUUGCGGCCUGCUCGCUGGUGGAGUCCCAGUCCAAGGCCAACCAAGAGGAGUUUGAGGCGGGCUCAGAGUACAGUGACCGGCUGCCCCUGGGUGCGGAGGCGGUCAACAUUGACCAGGAGAUUAACGGCAACUACAGGCAGACAGCGGGCUAACCCCGCCCCCCGCCCCGCCUGCCCGGUUUCAUCCCCACCUAGGGCACCUGGGAGCAGAAAUCUGGGCCUGGCAGGAUUUAUGCCCCCCUCCAAUUAUUCAGCCCUCUUACCGCCCCCACCCCCAACUGUGACCCCUGGGGACUUACAGUGGGGAGUGGAACAAUUUCACCAGCCCCCCCCCCCAGCCCCGCUACACUCACGAUCGUUAUUGUCCUUGUGCACUGAAUUCCCUCCAGCAAGCACAGUUCCCAGCUCCUCUCUCCCUAUAUAAGACACCACCGCUGACCAUGAGGCAAAAUCCACGCCUCUCCAUUCCCACGCAGUUAUCUUCGACAUCUGCCCCGCGGCCGCCCGACCAUGAGCCCGGAGCCAGGGAAAAGGGGAGAAAACAUUGGAAACAUCUGGCGGUGACGCUGUGGCUUGGGGCCAGGCCCGGGACCCCGGACAGACGUCCGUCCCUACAGUGGGGCGCUCUGAGGUUCCGCCUCAACCCCUACUCUGCGCUUUCCAGGGUGCAUGUCCUAGAAGCCAGGGUUUGAAGACAACUCCCUAGUUUUUAGUUUUAAAGCCCCCUUGUGACUGGGAACCAAACCCUUCUGCUCCCCCGUCCCCCGCCCCCCCACCCCCCUCUGCCUCACUGCGUUUCUGACCAGCUGGAGCCCAUCCGGGUGCCCGGGGCGCCUUUCACCUCCCCGCUUGGAUUUUCAUAUUCUCGUUGUUUUCAAAGACAGCAACACUCCGAGCCUGGUGCUAACACUCUUUUCCCAGCCUCUGGGAAAAUUGUGUGUAUGUGUAUGUGUGUGUUUCGGGGGCGAGGGUCCGUUUUUUUCUGCUUUCUGAACCUAAUUUCAAGCUCCUCGGAACCGCACCCUUUUCCCAUCGAGGGUGCGAGUUUGAUCCCGAGCCAGUUUCGUUGUGGGUGGGGUGGGUUUUCAGGAGACUGGUGCACUCACUCGACAGCUCCGCUUCCACCGCUGCACGGCCUCGGACCUCAUCUUGAGAAGCUCCGGGGCCAGAGGACGCAACUGCGGUACCGGGGGCCGGGUUCCUCGAGAAGCCGCGCGCCCUGUUUCGCACAAAUCCUGCGAGUGACCUGCAGCGCGAUCCGGGUGGGGAAGCGCCCCUCGGUCCUCCCCAUUUCGCCCCGCCCCGCCCCUUCUUCCACGACAAUAGUAUUUGCCUGGCGUGUCGUCCUAGACGAGCGUGCUCUGUAGGAGAAAAGUCUGUGUCCUGUAAAGUGUGACCUUAUGGUGUAGGGGC